GGAGCUUCUUCUCCUUCGUGUAUCUUUCUUUAUUCCCUUUGGGAAAGUUCGAACUGAAGAAACCACCAGUCUCUCUGGAACUGAAUUAUACGGUCGGAGUUGCACAUAUACAUUCCUGUGAUCAAACGGUCAUCUCUGAUUGGUCGGUUUGUCAUCUCUGUAAUAUUUUAUAAAUUGGUCGGAAGCAUUGAUUUCUAAGCUAGAGGACAAGACAAGAAGCCGAAGAAGCAGCAAUCAUGGUGAUGGUAUCUAAUUCCAACCAUCAAAACAAGGAAAUACAUGUCAGAAGGAGAAUUUCUGAGAUAUACAAUAAACGGGAAGAGGAUUUUCCAUCACUUAAGGACUACAAUGACUACUUGGAAGAAGUGGAGUGCAUGGUUUUCGAUUUGGUCGAUGGAAUAAAUGUUGGGGCGAUUGAGGAGAAAAUAAAGAGAUACUCUCAAGAAAAUGCUGAACAGAUAAUGGUUAAUCGAGCUCGCAAGGCUGAAGAAUUAACUGCAGCCUUGGCAGCCUGCAAGGCUCAGCCCGCACAAACCGUUGCGGAUACGUCGUCAAACCAUGGGAUUACGGCUGGAACUGCAUACGGUCAAGCUCCACGACCAACGGGAAUGGGCCCACAACCUCAACCUAUAGGAAAAGGAGCAGAGCAUCAACGUAACACUGUGGAAGACGAAGCGAUUAUGAGGCUCAAAGCAGAGAGAGCUCCACGGGCUGGAGGAUUUUCUUUAGAUAUAAGCAAGAAGAGGGCUUUGGAAGAAGCAUUUGCAAGCAUUUGGCGAGCUUUCAUGGUUUCGUUAAGAUUGUCCACUCCAUUGGACCCAUUCGACUCGAAAAGGUUUCAUUUUUCCGCUAACCCAUUUCAGUUUACUGAUCAAUUUCCAAUUUUUUCAGUCACCAGUAGUAUUUCCGCCACCAGAACUUUCACAAUCGGUUCUCCGAUUAGUGUUAAUAAAACUCGAGUCGCUCGUCUCGAUACUGAAGCAAACGAGGCCGAGAAUGCCAUUGAUCGUUCUAGCGAAGAUGAUUCUGUAAGUGAAGCUAGUGUGGGGAGAAGCUGGAGUUCUAAAUUAAAAGGUGGAAAUAAUGUCACGAGCAGUAAUAAGAGAGGGAUAAAGAAAGAUGUAACUCGAAAGUCGAGUUUCAGAAGAGAAAGCAAUGAGCUUGAGCUUGAGGGUCUGUUUGUGAACAAUGGAGAAAUGGAUGUCAACUAUUCCGCUAUGAAGCCAGAUUUGAGUUUAGAGCAUUACAAUGGUAUAUUGAAAAGGCUUGAGUGUUGCAGUGACACUAAUGCCGUCAAGUUCUUUGAUUGGAUGAGAUGUAAAGGCAAACUGGAAGGUAACAUUGUGGCUUACAGUUUGAUUCUUAGAGUUUUGGCAAGGAGAGAAGAAUGGGAUCGAGCCGAGGAUUUGAUCAAAGAGUUGUGUGGGUUUCAAGGCUUUCAGCAGAGUUUUCAGGUCUUCAACACAGUCAUUUACGCGUGUUCUAAAAAGGGAAAUGUGAAACUAGGCUCAAAAUGGUUUCAGUUGAUGUUGGAGCUUGGUGUUCGACCAAAUGUGGCUACAAUAGGUAUGCUCAUGGGUCUUUAUCAGAAGAAUCGGAACGUUGAUGAAGCGGAAUUCGCAUUUACUCAUAUGAGAAGGUUCGGGAUUGUGUGUGAGUCUGCUUACUCCGCGAUGAUAACGCUUUACACGCGUCUGAGACUAUAUGGUAAAGCAGAGGAAGUUAUACACUUGAUGAAAGAAGAUAGAGUGAGGCUGAAUCUUGAGAAUUGGUUAGUGGUGCUUAAUGCUUAUAGUCAGCAAGGCAAGAUGGAACAAGCUGAAUCUGUGUUGAUCUCUAUGGAAGCAGCGGGUUUUUCUCCGAAUAUUAUUGCAUACAACACUAUAAUCACUGGUUAUGGUAAGGUUUCUAAAAUGGAGGCUGCGCAGAGCUUAUUCAACCGUCUCUGUGACAUUGGGCUGGAACCAGAUGAAACAAGUUACAGGUCGAUGAUCGAAGGUUGGGGACGUGCUGAUAAUUACAAGGAAGCAAAAUGUUACUAUCAAGAGUUGAAGAGGUUGGGAUAUAAACCCAAUUCUUCCAAUCUUUUUACUUUAAUCAAUUUGCAGGCUAAGUAUGGAGACAACGACGGUGCUAUUAAGACUAUCGAAGAUAUGGUAAAUGUUGGAUGCCAAUAUUCUUCGAUCCUUGGCAUCAUUCUGCAGGCUUAUGAGAAGGUUGGGAAGAUUGAUGAAGUGCCUUAUGUUCUCAAAGGUUCUUUUCACAACCAUAUCCGUUUAAACCAGACUUCGUUCUCGAUUCUAGUGAUGGCCUAUAUUAAACAUGGUAUGGUUGAUGAUUGCUUGGCGUUGUUGCGAGAGAAAAAGUGGAGAGACUCAGAAUUUGAGUCGCACUUGUAUCAUCUGUUAAUUUGCUCGUGCAAAGAAUCUGGUCGGCUUAAUGAUGCUGUGAAAAUAUACAACCAGAGGAUGGAAUCUGAUGAAGAGAUAAAUCUGCACAUUACAUCCACAAUGAUUGGCAUUUACACUGUGAUGGGCGAGUUUGGUGAAGCGGAGAAGCUUUAUUCAAAGUUGAAAUCUUCUGGAGUUGUGUUGGACAGGAUUGGAUUCAGCAUCGUGGUGCGUAUGUACAUGAAAGCCGGAUCCUUGGAAGAAGCAUGUUCUGUUCUAGAGAUCAUGGAUAAGCAGAAAGACAUUGUUCCGGAUGUGUUCUUGUUUCGUGAUAUGCUUCGGAUAUAUCAGAAGUGUGGUCUUCAAGAUAAACUCCAGCAGUUGUACUACAGGAUUCGAAAGAGCGGGAUCCAUUGGGAUCAGGAGUUGUAUAAUUGUGUUAUAAACUGCUGUGCACGUGCUCUUCCCCUCGAUGAACUCUCAAGAACUUUUGAGGAAAUGAUUCGGUGUGGAUUUACUCCUAAUACAGUCACAUUCAAUAUCCUCCUGGAUGUUUAUGGCAAAGCCAAGCUCUUCAAAAAGGUCAACGAGCUUUUCUUGUUGGCGAAAAGACAUGGAGUUGUGGAUGUGAUAUCUUACAACACCAUUAUAGCCGCUUAUGGACAAAACAAGGACUUUACAAACAUGUCAUCAGCUAUUAGGAAUAUGCAGUUCGACGGGUUUUCUGUGUCUCUUGAAGCUUAUAACUCUAUGUUGGAUGCAUAUGGGAAAGACAAACAGAUGGAGAAAUUCAGAAGCAUCUUGAAUAGAAUGAAGAAGUCUACUUGUGAGACGGAUCAUUAUACUUAUAAUAUCAUGAUCAAUAUUUAUGGAGAGCAAGGAUGGAUCGACGAAGUCACGGAUGUGCUGAGAGAGUUGAAAGAAUCUGGACUUGGUCCUGACUUGUGUAGCUACAACACGCUGAUAAAGGCGUAUGGUAUAGGCGGAAUGGUUGAAGAAGCUGUUGGUUUGGUGAAAGAGAUGAGGGUAAAAGGGAUAACACCUGAUAAAGUAACUUACACCAAUUUGGUCACAGCUUUGCGCAGGAACGAUGAAUUUCUUGAGGCUAUUAAAUGGUCGUUGUGGAUGAAGCAAAUGGGUAUAUAAAUGGCUGAUUUUUUUGUUUUUCAUUUUUUUUGGUUGAUGUCUUUGUCUAUAGUUACUGCUUCUUUUCAAGCAUGCGUGUACAAUCUGAUCAGUGAGCAAAGGUCUACGAAUAAGUCUCAAUCUUUCAGAGAGUAGAUUUGCUGAAAGUUGAUUCUUGAUACUUCACAAGUGUAAGGAUAAAAAUAUCUACAAUACAUUAAAAUUGUCUUUUGUAUUUAAGGU